AUGAUGUCCUCUACCAACGAGGAGGAUCCUUUCCUCCACGUCCAGCAGGACGUCCUCACCCAGCUCCAGUCAACCCGCCCGCUGUUCGCAUCCUACCUCCGCAUCCGGUCCCUCACCACGACUCCCUCCUCCCCCGAACUCGCCUCCGCCCGAACCGACCUCGAGGCCGCCCUCUCCACGCUCGCCGAAGACCUCUCGGAUCUGGUCGCCUCUGUCCAGGCCAUCGAGUCCAACCCCUCCCAGUAUGGCAUCUCGUCCGCAGAAGUCUCCCGGCGCAAGCGACUCGUCUCAGAAGUAGGCGGCGAAAUCGAGGACAUGCGCGAGGAGCUGCACAAGAAGAUCGACCACCAGCCCGCCGCCAGAGAAAACCUCCCCGACCCGGAUUCUUUUGCCGUCGGUGACGGAGACGGCGACGGCGACACGUACGCCGAGUUUGAGCAGCAGCAGCAGCUGGAGAUGAUGCGCGAGCAGGACCAGCACCUGGACGAGGUGUUCCAGACAGUAGGAAACUUGAGACGCCAGGCAGACGAUAUGGGGAGGGAGCUGGAGGAGCAGAGGGAGUUGCUGGAAGUUGUUGACGACACGGUCGACAGGGCGUCGCUCCAGGAACCAUCUAAGUCUUAA